CUUAAAUUCUAAAAGUAAAAAAAAAAUAAUUUGUGCAUUUCUUGCUCCCCUUCUAACGCAUCCAUUUUAGCUGCCCAAAAAUUUGUUUCAAAAAGCUGAAAAUUUUGUGUUUCUUAGGCUAAAUCGUAAUUGGACUAAAACAUAAUGCAACAGCUGCAGUCAAUUGUCUUUAGAAAAUAAUUAAAAGGAAAUUUGAUUUAUGGAAUAUUUGAAAACACAAAUCUCUUUAUUUGGUUGUAAACAGUAAAACAGAUCUGUUACAAAUUCAUCCCCUACCAGCCAGCCACAAAAAAGAGAAACCAUUUUAAUGCCCCUUACUUAAAGUUAAACAGGAAACACUUAAAUACAUCUGUUUUUUUAAAUGACACCACGUACUGGGAGUAGACCCCACUACCAUAUCCUGUAAUAUUAACAAAAAACUAGCCUGCCUUUUAGAUGUAUGCAGCUAGAGCGUCACAAUUUGCCAAAACCAUAACAAUGGCGUGUAGUGUACAAAAGCAACCCUCUACCCAACCAUUACCCAAGGCCACCUCGUCAUCGGCGGGACCCACCACACCGAAACCUAAAGGUGCGGGUGCACCGCGUGGUUCUCUGCCCACGGAUAUGGUGGUGCAACCGCCUUUGGAAUUUCAGUGGCCACCGCCAGUGCCGGUCUCAACGCACACGAAUAAUGUGCGUUUGAAUAUGAUGAAUCAGGAUCCGAAAGACUUGCAUACGGCUCGUGCCAUGAUCGAGGAGUUGAGGUCGAAGGUGAGAUUUCAGGCGGAACACAUAAUGAAGUGGCGAAAGGCGUAUGCAAUGCAGGUCCAACAGCAGUACCGCUAUCAGAAGGAAAAAAGCGAUCAAAUGAACGCUCUCACCUCACAACUGCUGCUGCUCGAGUCCCGCCUGAAACGUAAACAAAAACAAAUUUCCAGUCUUUUGCAACAUCGUGAGAUGACCAUACAAAGACAACAGAAAAUUAUCGAUACCCUGUCUUCGCGUCUGGUAGAUCAUGGCCUAGAAGCCAUCGAUGCCAGCUAUGCCACCGAAUUGGAUUCGCUAAAUGAUUCCGAUUCUGCAGUGGUGCUAGAAGACAUCGACUCCGACACCAAUAUGACUCUGAUAGGCAGCCGCAGAAAAAGUUCCAGUGCCGGCAGCUGCACAACGGGAAGUGGCGGUGGUACGGGUGGUGAUGGUAUAACCAUAGUUCGUUCUAUAUCGGAUGCCAUAGAGACCAGUUUACAGAAGUAUGGUGCUGUGCGCAGGAACAAUUGUUUUUUGCGGCGGCCCGAAAUUUUAGAGACUGUCUACUCCGUCGAAGAGGAUCCCGAGCCCACUUCAGAUGUGGCGGAGAAAAGAGAUAAAUUUAAGCAGAGAUCGGAAAAGGCUUUGAGUUCCAGUUCCACCGAAGGUCAAUUGGAUAGUGGCGAAACACCGCCGCCCCUAACAAAUGGCACACUGCCGUGUACGACGGUAACCAUAACGGCGCCCGAGGAUACAACCAAAGAUAAGGAAAAUACUGUGCAAACGUCACCCAUUAAGGAUGGCUAUACGGCCUUAAGUAUGAGAGUGCCUCAGUUGCAGCGUAAUGCCAAGUCUAUGGAGGAUCAGCAAAGAUCCUUGAGUAGAGAUGACGAAGAUAUAGCAACAGAGACUUUAGCACAAAAACCCCAAAAUCCCAUGACCAACUACAACAGAGUCAUGUCCAAUCAUCGAUCGGUUACUAAACCUAAAGAUGUUAAGUAUAAGAGAAUCAAUAAGGCUAAAUCGAAAAGUUUGGAAGAGCUGAGGGGACGCUUAAAAAAUCUGGUGGAAAAGGUGGAUCCCGUAUUGGCUGCACCCAUGUACACAGCCAAUGUAAUGCCGCAAACGGCUCAGUCAUAUGCGUGACCUAUGCCCCCCUGUAACGGCGAGGAAGAGGACUUUAAAACUGCUUCACCCUCACCCUCGGCCACCACCCAAAAUACACCGGUAAAAACUACAGAAACCUUCAAAUUUGGCAUUGAGCGCAAGCCCACUUCCGAGGUGUCUUUGGCUUUGGCUGUUAUGGCGGUGCCUAAACAUGCGGGCCCUAAACGUUCGCUCACUUUACCGCGUAUUUUGGUGCCACAGGCUGCUUUGCACAACAGCGGCAAUGGUUCAGCUGGCUCUGGUUCGGGGACGGGUAGUCGUAGUAGUUUCUAGCAAUUAAAGAAAUUCUUCAUACGUAAUUGUGAUAAAAAAGUGAGAGAAUAAAAGAUUUUUUUUCCACCCCCCCGUUUGUUUAAAAAUGUCAUUUAAUAUUGUGUAAAUAUAAAUGCAGCAUAUAUUUUUAAGAUAACUCAACAAAAUAGAUACGAAAAUUUAAAUUGUUGUACAUAUAUAGUUACAAUAUUAUUUUAGUUUUUAAUUAUGUGAGAUUAAAAAUUUAUAAUAAUAAAAACAAUUAUAAUUUUAUAAAAA